UCAAAAUGGAGAAGGCUGUGGCCAUUUUGGGAAGAAGGACAUUCAACCACUUUCUGGUCUCCACUUCUAGACCAUCUCUUGCUUUCUUCUUGCUUCACCAUAAUUAUUCUCUCACAGUUUCUAAAUCCUCUGGGGGUACCCGCACGAAGGGGGAGACGGCAUAUACAUGGAGAUGUCCUAUUUCUUCUUCAUGUUCUCCUAAUUCUCCUCCACUUUUUUCGCCCAUUUUCUGUGUUUUCCCUUUCUUAAUUCCUAAUGGCGGGUCAACCGUCAGAUUCUUCCCCUCUUAUUCCUCCGGCGCCGAUCAGCGACCCCAGUGAGAUCGACCUCGAAGCCGGCCAAGGGGAACAAAUUCAGUGUAGAAUUUGCCUCGAGACCGAUGGUAGGGAUUUUAUUGCUCCUUGCAAAUGCAAAGGGACAUCAAAGUAUGUUCAUAGAGAAUGUCUGGAUCAUUGGCGAGCCGUGAAGGAAGGGUUUGCUUUUGCUCACUGUACCACAUGUAAGGCCCCUUACCAUUUGAGAGUACAUGCCGUUGCUGACAGGAAAUGGCGAACCCUGAAAUUUCGAUUUUUUGUGACUAGAGACAUUAUAUUUAUAUUUUUGGCGGUUCAGCUUGUAAUUGCUUCUCUGGGAUAUUUGACAUAUUUUGUAGAUGGUUGUCAACAUUACUGGCUUCGUCUUACUUGGGAUUUUGAUAGCAAAAUUAGUUUUUAUUACAUAUGCGGAGCUUUAUUAUUUUUUGCAUUGCUCGGCUUAUCUGGAUGCUUCAUCACUUGUUAUGAUCGGAGAGUUAGAAGUGAUUUGGCUCAACCAUGUAGAGAAUUGUGUCUAUGUUGUUGCCACCCUGGACUUUGCGCCGACUGCCAUUUACCUGGUACUCUUUGUAUGUGGACUGACUGUACCACUUGCUUCGAAAGUUGUGGAAGCAUAGCAACUGAAUGUGGAUGCCUAGGAGGUGCUGGUGAAGCAGGAUUGCCAUUAUUAUUUAUAAUGGCCUUAGUUGUUCUUGGUUUGUUCACAGUGAUUGGUAUAUUCUACAGUGUCUUGGUGGCUACCAUGGUUGGACAACGAAUAUGGCAACGACACUAUCACAUACUCGCAAAAAGAAUGCUAACAAAGGAAUAUGUUGUGGAAGAUGUUGAUGGGGAGAUGACAGGAUCUGACUGGUUACCUCCACCACUUCCAGCAGAGCACGUUCAACAACUGAAAACUCUUGGCCUUUUAUGAAAUGAAAUGGGUAAGUUAUCAUUUUGUCCUGAAGAGCACCUGUUGAAGCUUGAACUGACCAUAUGCUUUUGCUGCUGAGUUGCACUUUUUUACUCUGGACAAAGAAAGUCUUAUACAUAUGCUCACAAAAUAUGUCACAGCCUCUGCUUUUCUUCUGUAUGUUAGAAUGGCUAGCUUUUGUCUUAUCCGUGUGAGAAAAUGGGAACGAAUUUGAAUACCAAGAAAUCAAAACUGACAAAAGUCUAAAACUUUAUUAUUUUAACAUUUCUCUUACAGAGUAUAAAGUGUAUUUGUGAAUUGACUA